ACAAAGAUGAACUGAUGUGUGAUGAAGAUCAAACUCUCUGAUGUUUCUUCUUCUUCUUUUGUUAUAUUUGAAAACAGACAAGAUGGCAGCGUUGCCGUGGAAACUGACGUACUGUUGGCAGCUGGUCAUUGGACUAAAGUGGACCAACGUUGGGGCCAACUCCAGCGCAGGCAGGACAGAGACAGGUGCAUUAUGGGAAGAUGUAGCGGUCAGAAAGUGACAUCAAGGAGACGAGGAUGCAGAACAGAACCGGCAGCGAACGCGACCAGCAGCAUCAGAGGCAGAAAGGAGAACCUGCAUGCUGAUGGAGGAGGAGGUGAAGACGAGGACGCCGUUUCAUCUCAGCUGCUCCCACAGGAAGGAGAUAACAUGCAGCACCGGGAGCGCCGCAGAGUCCCGUUCAAAGGCUGGGAGGAAGGAGGGAGCAGGAUGACUGGAGGCUGCUGGUGGGGGAGGAAGAGCAUUCAGGCGCUAACGAAGGAGAGGUCGACACAAGGAAAGUUUGGUGGAAACAUAACCAGCACAGACCAAUCCCGGCUUUACAGCUGGACCCAGAUUUUAACAGGAACCUCUCUAACAUCAUUCCUCCCAUCAGGUGUCCAACCAGCCUUAGAAAACCUCUGAAUCACUUCCAG